CGGCCAGCCGGCUCUGGGGUCCGAGGAGGAAGGUGACGGCCGAGGAGCGCGGUCCCCGAGGGCGCGGAGGAGCCGGCCCGGAGGCCGGGCGGCAGGCAGCCGCGGCGCGCCGCCAUGCCCGGGGCGCUGUAGCCGAAGGCGCGGGCCCGAUGGCGCGGGCCGGGGCGCGGGGGCUGCGCGGGGGCGCCGGCGGGCCGCCGGGGCUCCGGCUCGCGCUCGGGCUGGCGCUGCUGCUGGCGCGGCCGCCGUCGGGCCGCGCGGGGGCCCCCCAGGCGCAGGAGCCGGCGCAGCCCGGCACGGCGGCCCCGGCCGGGGGCGACCGCUGCCGCGGCUACUACGACGUGAUGGGCCAGUGGGACCCGCCCUUCAACUGCAGCUCGGGCGCCUACAGCUUCUGCUGCGGCACGUGCGGCUACCGCUUCUGCUGCCACGACGGGCCGCGGCGCCUCGACCAGAGCCGCUGCUCCAACUACGACACGCCGGCCUGGGUGCAGACGGGCCGGCCCCCCGCGCGUGCCCGCGACGCCGCCGCGCCCCGGGACCCGGGCCGCGAGCGCAGCCACACGGCCGUCUACGCGGUGUGCGGCGUCGCGGCGCUGCUCGUGCUGGCCGGCAUCGGGGCGCGCCUGGGCCUGGAGAGGGCGCACAGCCCGCGCGCACGGCGCACCGUGACCAGGACACUCACAGAACUUCUGAAGCAGCCGGACCCCCAGGAGCCACUGCCCCCACCCCUGGGCCCACCUCUGGGUAGCUGUGUCCAGGUGCAGAUGGGUGAUGGCCUCCCCCGGGGCUCCCCCAACAGCACAGACAAGAAGCGCCCCAACAACGUGCCCCUGGGGUCAGCAACACCGGGACCCCUGCGUGGCCCCCGGCUGCAGGGCGGUGGCAGCAUGACGCUGCAGCCCGACUACACCAAGUACGCCACCCUCAAGGCAGCCGCGCUCAAGGCCGCAGAAGCCACACCACAGGACUUCUACCAGCGUUUUCCUGCCAGCGAACCUGCCCCGCGGACCCUCCCGGCGCGGGCCCCGCGGCCCCGCGAGGACUUGCCCGCGCUGCUCGACGCCUGCCCCUGGGCCCCGCCGGGCUACGCGGCCCCCGCGGGCCUCGCCCCGUCCGGCCACUACAAGGCGUGGAUCGCCGGCCGCCAGGCCCGGCCCGCCCCCCGCGGCCACCUGGCGGCUCAGGCCUCCCCCGCACCCCGGCGGCCCGGCCACGCGCCCCGGCGCCAGUUCAGCGUGGAGAAGCUGCCCGAGGCCUUCAGCCCGCAGCCCCCCGGCCUUUACGGCAGCGCGGGCCGCGGACCCCGGCACCUGAGCACCAACAGCAAAGCCGAGGUCACCGUGUGAAGACGCGGCCCGCUGGUUCUCCCGAGCCCUCGCGUCUGUCUGGGGGGCGCCUUGGGCCGGUUCCAGGGGAGGAGGGGCGCCGGCCGUGGAAGGCCAGCCCUUCCUUAUGCCUGCCCAAACUGGACUGGGGCCCUGGAGCCUGCAGGGCUAAGAAGGGGCCCACUGGGGAAGGCCAGUGGUUCUGUUCUCGGGGCCCUAGGGCCCGGGUUCCUCAUGUAAAUAAAGCCUUUUCUGUGGCUCCCAUCCCUGACAAUAAAGGAGCCCCGGCUUGGCUGUGAGAGGCACUGAUGGUGGAGGCAUUGGUCAUUGACUGGACAGACGGCGGUCCGGGCAGAGGGCACAGCAUGUGCAAGAGCAAAGGACUGCUCCUGAGAGCUGCCGGCAAGUGUUCUGGGAGCCAGGGAGAAGUGGCUGGAGAGGGUAGUCAGGGUUGAAUGCCAAGCUUAAUGUCCGCGCCAGUGGGAGCCAUGGGAGACGGGCAGUUGCGCCCCAGCCAUCUCGAGGCUCCAGAGCACAGGGGAGAGGGCUGUCUGGGAGCCUGAGGCCCCCGGGAGGGUCCAUGCCCCUUACUGGAGGUGAGCCCCCUCCAGCCAGUCACUCACUCCACAUCUUGAGUUGGUUGAGCCGGGCUGAUCCUCAUUGACAUAAUCUGGCCCUGAGCCGGCACCUGGCUUGCAGGCCACUUGGCCAGCUUGGUCCAGGGCCACCCCCCUAAUGGGCGUGGGCAGUGGGCCAAGCGGACAGCUGGUGCUCAGGAUGGGGGAGCCUCCUCCCAGUAGCUGCUCUGGGGGGAAAGCGAAUGGGGAUGCUGGACGCCGAGCCUUGGCAGUGCCCCCACUGGGGGGAGCUCACGCAUGCUCGGCUGGGCCAGCUCUCCCCUUCCUGCCAGGCAGGCUCCGGGUACCUAGCCGUGUCUCAGGGCAUUGCCAGCAGCCUGGGUGUAUGAGUUUUGUUGUACCAGGGAUGGUUGGGGAGGUUGAGGUCUGGGUUAUGCCCCUCACUGUGGGACAUCAACAAAGCCGCCCAGUUGGGCCUCAGUUUCCCUCCUGUGUACCCUAGGCAUCGUGUGCUGUUUUAAAAACAAUGGUUACCAUCUGUUGCUGCUUCUUUUAUUUAGUCCCUACAAAAGCUCCAUGGGUGUGUGCCUUUAUAGAUGAGGAAAUUGAGGUUUUGAGACCUAAGUAACUUGCCAAGGUCACCCAGCUGAUUAGUUUAGGACUCUUCUGUCUUCUGCAACUGUGAAUCUGAUGAAUGGCAGGCAGGGCAGUCUGGGGACGAAGGGAGGUCUGAAUGUGUGUGCUGGCAGGAGUGGGGUGGGG